AUGGGACACGACGAGGAGCUUACAGCGGAGCAGAUAGAUUUAAAUAUAUCGCCAUUGUCCGGGGCCUUUGGGCGGACUUGGAACUCGUUUUGCGCCACCAGUAGCAUUCACGGUCUGAAAUACACUCGUGAUGAGGACACAAAUCGCAUUGUACGCUUUGUAUGGAUUCUUAUUUCGCUGGUCAUGUUCAUAUGUGCCAUUAUCAUGGUACAUACCUUCUACAUCGAUUAUCGGAGUAACCCCACACGCAUGAAUGUCGAGAACGACCAUACGCCUGUGACGACCAUCUACUUUCCACCCGUAACCAUCUGUCCGGAGGUUCUCUUUAACACGCAACAGUCUAAGGCUUUUCUGCAAACCCUUAAGUUGCCAGAUGCGACGCAGGUGAAAAACAUUUUAGAUCUACUCCACAUCUUUCACGGAUUUAUGGUGGAUGACAACCGCUACUCCCAAGCAGAUACUGACCUGUUGGAAUCGGUGCUGGCUCUGAAUAAUCUGACAAUCGAACAAUUUGUGGAUAGGAUGCUUUGGAACUGCAACGAUUUGAUCCAUCGUUGUCGAUAUCAGGGGAUAAUUGUCGACUGUUCCCAGCUAUUUCAGCGCUCAAAGACGUUCUAUGGCCACUGCUGCUCAUUCAAUCUGAGACAGUUUGGACUCAAUUUUACGGCUCGCUACGCGGCCGGUGGCUUGGAAAAUGGGCUCUCAUUAGUUCUACGCUACAAGGACGAUAGCUACGAUAUUUUAGAAUCCUAUUCCAAUGGUUUUAAAAUGCUUAUGCAAGAGGCACUCACAUACCCCAGCGCCCACUCUCUUAUUAAGUUCAUGCCCCAGAACACUGAAGUAUUUGCAGCGGUGCGUCCAGAGGAGACCUUCUGCUCGAGUGCGGUCAAGGCUCUGCCAAUCGAGGAACGCAACUGUGUUUUCCAGGAUGAGGUCAAGCUGCGUUACUUUCGCAAAUAUAUGUAUAUCAAUUGUGAACUUAAUUGUCGUGUUACAAACAUGGUCAAGUUCUGCGGCUGCUACACGUACUUCUUUAACUUAAAUCGCACCAACGAACGUAUUUGCUCAUUUCGAGAUGUUCACUGUCUUGUAGAAAACUUUGACAAAAUCAUAACCCGAAGGCGUCAAACUCAGUGCAAAUGUCCUUUAAUAUGCGAGCACAUUGAUUACGACGUCCAAACUACAAGCACGCCGCUUGAAUUAAAUAUCCCAACUGUCGAUCCUUUUUAUGAAGGUCUUGAGAAGGAUGAUGCUGUUGUUCAUAUUUUUAUGAACUCGCAAAUCUAUCGACGCGUGCGCCUCGAUCUGCUCUCAAAUAUGGUCACACUAGUGUCAAAUCUUGGCAGCGCCUUCAGUCUCUUUGUCGGCAUGAGUAUGUUGUCCGUUGUGGAAAUAAUCUACUAUUUCACAGUAGUGCUGCACAAGAAUUACGUGUUGGAGCAGCAGGCCAGAGCUAGGCUUAAGCUUCAAGUAUUUCGCCAGAAGUUCAAGGUACCCAAGCACGGAAUGCAAAAUAAUUGA